AUGGCCGUAGCGGGUAAGAUAUACAAGACAUAUAACACUCCCGAGCAGCUCGGGCGGCUCUCCGAUUUCUCGCUCGAAUCGGCCGGCGUGAACGAGAAAGACCUCCGGAAACUCGUCCUCGCAGCUGUACGCAAAGCGGGAUACAAGCAGAAAGCCGGCGCUGCUGGUAGCUCAAGCAAUGUGGCCUCGACGAGCAAGGCAGACAGCAAGACAAACACAAGGGCAAAUCAGAAGAAACGCAAGCGUGACGACGACGUUAACCAAUUUCUGCCAGACCGACCUCCGGAAGAGGGCGACUCGUACGGCAGCCUUGAAUUCAAUGAAGUACUUGAUGAAGAGGCGAUGAAGUCGAAGUAUACGGUGAUCAACCGCGCACCAAUUAUGAUGGCAUGGGCGUUCAUCGUCGCAGAGCGCAUGGGCUUCCGACGAGAGGAGGCCCUGAGUAUAGCCUCUGUGUACACGGAAAUGAACGCAAUAACGAAAGGCGUCUCGCUCGGCCUCUACUCAGACAGCAAGCAGAAGGGCAGGGAGGCCAGCCGCACCGGCUCGCAGCCGUACGUAGAACUCAUGGGCAGACGCCUCGCCUUCUCUUCGCCUCCGCCCCCCUACCCGACGGAUCGUCUCUCUCUUUUCCUCCCCUCAUAUACCAGCCCAUCUUCUCACUCUGGCUCUCCCUUGUCCUUCUUUAGACCGCUUUAUCAGACCGCCUCCUCCCAAUGGCGCGCCCUCUCCUCGGGAGCCCCGAUCGCACCCACCGCCGCCUUCUCCUAUAUCACAAAGGCCUUACGGCAAACAGCGCCGCACAUCGUGGGUGCCCUCCGACUCCUCGCAACCAGUUAUUCGCCGCAGGAACUCAACGAGAAGGGAUUCUCUUUGUACGCCGACUUCCGGCCGCAGUCCGAGGGUUGGGGCCAGAGAGGCGAGGUGCGCUGCUCGACGAUUUUAGCGUUGCGGAAGGCUCGCAGAGAGAGUGAGGCGUCGGAUGACCCCACUCGGACGGAAGCCCCAUCCGUUGACAGCAUCGUCAAGGUGGAACCUCAGGAAGAUCCGGGGCCAGCGCAAGCGCCUUCUGAGGAACCAGCAGCAAAGAAACCCAAACGGGAAACUUCUGCACCCGACGAAUUCGAUGCUGCGCUUGACGACGAUGCGCUUUUCGAGGACUUCGAUUUGAGCAGCAUCCCUUGA